AUGUCCGAAGCUCAAGAUCCUAAAUGGUUACGCAAGUUUUUGAAAGCCCAAUAUGUCGGGGUAUAUCAAUUAAAGGACUCACAAGGUAAUGAAAUAUAUCAUAUUUUUGAAACAUGUCCUCCAAAAAACGAGUACCCAGAUUACUAUGAGAUGAUUAAGAAACCUGUCUCUUUAAACACUUUGAAAAAAAGAGUGCCCCAUUAUAAUGAGCCUCAGGAAUUCGUUAGAGAUAUCGUUCAAAUACAAUGGAAUGCCAAAACUUAUAAUACUAAGGAUUCCAUUAUUUAUGAAUACGCUACCAUUUUGGAUAAUUAUAUUAAAGAGGAAAUAAUACCUACUUUAAAGGAAUAUUUUUCAGAGGUUAGAUAUCCAUAUUUAGGACCAUUACCUGAUCCAGCAGAUGAACAAGAACAGCUAAAAUACAAAAAAGAAGAUGAUGAACAGGCAAUUCUAGAGGCCAAACCAAUCGUAGAAGAAAAGAAGAAAAGGAAAAGAAGAACACGUAGAGAAAUCGAGGAAGAUGAAAGAAGACAAAGAAAUAUAAAGAAUGGAAUUAUAGAUCAACAUGAUACAUCCAUAGAACCAGAAUCAAGACCAGCAUCUAGAUUGGGAUCUGAAAUGGAUGAACCUCCUAAUGGGAAUAAAGUACCGAGAUUGGAUUCUUUGAAGAAUUUCAGUGCAUACUCUCCUAUGUCUGAACCACAAUCACGUUCCACAACACCUCAAAUAGAGGAUAAUUCACCGUAUAUCAGACCUUCUAAACCUAAGAGACAUAUCAAACGUGGGAGACCGCCCGUUAUUGACUUACCUUAUGUACAAAGAAUUAAAUUAGUUUUAAAAAAUUUAAGAAGGGAAGUUGAUGACACUGGAGCACCUAUAACGCAAGAUUUUAUGCGAUUACCAGAUGAUCCAAGUUAUAAUACAGUGAUACAAUUCCCAAUGUGUCUUGAUGAAAUAAAGAAGAAAAUCAAAAAACGUGCAUACAAAGAUUUUGAAUCCUUCCAAUACGAUUUCAUUUUAAUGGUGAGAAAUUAUAAAUCGUUUUAUAGAAGUAAUCCAAUAGCCAUUGAAAAGGCAAAUGAUUUGGAAAAUAGAUUUAAUUUAUUCGCUAAACAAGAGUUAUCUAAACCAGAUACAGAUUAUAUGCCAGGGGGUGAACUAAGAUUACCGUUGGAUUCAGUGGAAUAUAAUGGUGUCAUGUAUAAUAUCGGGGAUUGGGUAUUGAUAAAAAAUCCAAAUGACCCUAAUAAACCCAUAAUUGGACAAAUCUUUAGAUUUUGGAGUACCCCAAAUGGUGAAAAAUGGUUAAACUCAUGUUGGUAUUAUCGACCUGAACAAACGGUUCAUAGAGUAGAUAGGAUAUUCUAUAAAAAUGAAGUUAUGAAGACUGGUCAAUAUAGAGAUAAUUUAAUCCAAGACGUAGUGGGAAAAUGUUUUGUGGUUCAUUUUACAAGAUUUCAACGUGGUAAUCCCGUAGGGUAUGAAGGUCCUCUUUUCGUUUGUGAAUUUCGUUACAAUGAAAGUGAUAGGGCUUUCAACAAGAUUAGAACUUGGAGAGCGUGUAACCCUGAAGAAAUCCGUGAUCAAGAGGAAAUAACGACGCCCAUUCCAGGAAGAAAAUUCUUUAAAUAUCCAUCGCCAUUAAGACAUUUAUUACCACCCAAUGCCACUGAACAUGACCCUGUUCCAACUGCUACACCUGGUGUACAGAACGCUCCACCAUUAAUUGGGGCAGUAUAUUUAAGACCAAAACAAGAGCGCGAUGAUCUAGGUGAAUAUUCGACUUCUGAUGAUUGUCCUCGUCAUAUUAUUAGGCCAGGCGAAGCUCAUAAACCAGGUAUCAUUGAUAUGGAUACCGGGACAAUAUCAUUUUCUUCAACAAAUACAUCGAUGCCAAAAAUAAGUAGUUCGUCUAUGACACAUAUAUUAGAAGCCAGAGAACCUUCUGUUAGUUCAACUACACGAAAUUUCAAUAACGUACCACAACCGAAUAAAAUGAAUACAGAAGCGAAUAACCAUCCUUUACAAUCAUCCCUUGCGAACGUCUCGUCGUCGACUGUUAUUUCACGGAUCAUGGGUAAUGGACCUCUGACAGUACAGAAAUUGAAAAUGAUUGAAAACUUUAGACUAAGGCAACAAAUAGAUCAAAGGCAACAAAUGAAAAAGGCACAAGCUUCAAAAUAUAACAAGACUACAAAUUUAGGAAAUCUUAUUGAACAAGUAUCUAAAACUGAUUCAACUCCAAUAUUGAUUGAUGCACCAUCAACAUAUGUUCUCCCAGUGUCGAUCACAAAGCAUAUUGAAGCUGUACAAAGAACUGAUGAUAAUAAUCAUAUAAGAUUGGUUGAAUCAUCUAAGGAUGAGACAAAUAUAACGAAAAAUGAGAGAGGAAACGUGUUAUGGUUCAGAGGUCCAAGCAUAUCUAUCAAAGAACGGUUAUUCAAUAGCGGAAAUGAAUAUACACAGUCGCCCUUAAAUAGAUGGGUUAAGCAAUACAAAAGACAAAAACUUGAUACUGUAAAUACUACUAAUUUAAAUAUGGAUUUUGAAGAAGUUGAAGAAUCAAUUACGCAAGGCAAAACUGAUGCUGAUGCUGAUGCUGAUGCUGAUGCUGAUGCUGAUGCUACUAAUGAUGAAGAUGACAUUUCUUCUGAUGAGGAGAGUACGUCGUUAACCUGUACCUAUCCCCUGGGUUUACGUCCAUCAACGGCAUAUAUGGCAAGGAAAUUAAGGCUAUUUCAAGAUACUAUUAAUAAUCUGUCAAGUUGA